ACAAUUUCAGCUUCAGAGGUUUUAUAAUUCUUAGUCUAAAUCUCUAUUUGCUUGAUUCUUCUGCAUAUAAAUUGAGGACGGAUGACUUGGAAGGAAGUGUUUCGAGAACGAUCAUGAUCCAAAAUUGAAGUUCACAAUGAUUUAUUCUGAAACGUCUCGUUUCUCGCUCGCUGUUCUGUUCUUUGAUUUCACCUGCAGCUUACCCUCUGCCCCCCUGGUUCCUGUGUCUCUGUUUGGGCUUUCUCCUGUACAGGGUCUGUGUUAAGUAGGCGACACCAAUAUUGCUUUAGGCCCAUUUAAACUGAAGAAGGUCUUCUAUAUCAAUUUAUCGGGAAUCUAAUCAUCAUCCUGUAGGACUCUGCUUGAAGUAUCUGUUUGAUCACCUGGGCAUCAGGAGUGAGUUUGAUUGGUAAAGUUCUUGACAAGAAUUCUUACGCAUUGAUGAAGAAGAGAUUUCAUGCAGAUUUGAGCUUUUAACUUAUAUUCAGUGAUUUUGCAUCAAUCGUUUAAUUUGCUGUGGUUUUUCUGAUAGCAAUAGUCUAGCCGGUGUCUAUGUUUUAUGGUGUUGAUAAAUUUGUGAUCAGAGUUGGUUGGGCUCAAAGAGGAGUAGGAUUUCGUUUACUGAGGUGACUGUUGGUUUUUCAAAGUGUUGAAUAGGUGAAGAAGUCUCAUUUUGGACCUAGAGUAAGCCAGAAACUGCUCCAACGACACUGGGGAUUGUCUGUGGAUCUGGAAAAUUGAAUUUUGGAUUCAUUGGGAUUUCCUUUGAAGUUUUGGUGGCUGUUACUUAAUAUCUUCGGGAUUGAAUUCAUUCCUUUUCAGUUUCUUGGUUUUGACUGUGGUUGAAUCUUACAGCCAAAACAUGGCGUCAAAGGAAUAGGCAGUAGUAAAUGGGCUUGUCAUGAUGAACAGAGAAGCUGGAUUAUUUGUCAAUGGAUGCUCCAGAGAAGACUUUCUCUGAACUUAUCAGUAUCAUCAGGUCUUGGAAUCCCUGGAAACCUGAGCCAGAUGAGGUGUCAAAGGUUUUUUGGAUGCCUGACCAGAGUUGUACGGUGUGUUAUCAGUGUGAUUCGCCGUUCAACUUAAUUAAUCGCAGACAUCAUUGUCGUCUUUGUGGACGCAUUUUCUGUGCCAAAUGCACAACAAACUCAGUUCCAGCUCCAUCUAGUUGCCAAAGGAAUACUUGGGAAGAGCAGGAAAAGGUUCGGGUUUGCAAUUAUUGUUACGAACAAUGGGAGCAGGGCACGGUUGCUUCUGAGAAAGAGAUUCAGGUUUCUAAUCAGGAUAACAGUGCUUCACUGUCAACUUCAAGCUCAACCAGCAUCAAUUCGUUUGGAACUGCUAAUAACAGUACAGCCACUUUUUGCUCCAUUCCUUAUUCCACUGAUCCUUAUCAACAAACACAGCAGAGUUCUGAUCUGAUCCUGCAUCAAUCAUCCAUGACAGGUGAAGGCAUUGACAAGGAAUGUUUAUCAGCACUGAGAAGGUGCAAUGAUCAUGAAGCAGACUUGGGGAAUGCAUCACAUAAGCAAUAUGGAUUCUCAAUGUUACGGACUGAUGAUGAGGAGGAAGAGUACAGUGUUUACAAAUCAGAUUCUGAAAUGGGGCAUUAUCCUCAUUUGAAUGGCUACUAUAAUCAAGUUGAAUUAAAUGGAAUAAGCAACAUGGAUGGCUCACAAAACCUGCAUUCUGAAGGAGACAAUUGCAACAAUUCAACACACCAAAGUUUUGAUGCACAGGCUUUGGAAGAAUACCCAGCUAUUGGAAAACAUGAAGAUGAACAUGAUAUUGGUGAUGAAAAUGAAGCACCUUCAUCUUUUUAUGUUUCCGAGGAUGUUGGUGUUGAACCUGUAGAUUUUGAAAAUAAUGGGCUUCUCUGGCUCCCUCCGGAGCCAGAAACUGAAGAAGAUGAUCAAGAAGCUAGUUUAUUUUAUGAUGAUGAUGAUGGUGAUGGUGAUGGUGAUGCAAAUGCUGCAGGAGAGUGGGGGUACUUACGUUCUUCAAGUAGUUUUGGAAGUGGAGAGUCUCGCCACAGGGAUAGGUUAAGUGAAGAGCACAAGAAAGCCUUGAAGAAUGUUGUUGGUGGGCAUUUUAGGGCUUUGAUAGCUCAGCUGUUACAGGUUGAGAACCUACCUGUUGAAGACAAUCACAAAAAUAGUUGGUUGGAGAUUGUUACAUCUCUGUCUUGGGAGGCUGCUUCUCUACUUAAACCAGAUACGAGCCAAAGUGGUGGAAUGGAUCCUGGUGGAUAUGUGAAAGUGAAAUGCAUAGCAAGUGGGAGUCCCUGCGAAAGUGUUGUGAUUAAAGGAGUUGUUUGUAAGAAAAAUGUGGCUCAUCGGCGUAUGACAUCCAAAGUAGACAGAGCUCGCUUGUUGAUCCUUGGAGGAGCUCUUGAGUACCAGCGUGUUACCAACCUUUUAUCCAGUGUAGAUACACUUUUGCAGCAGGAAAUGGACCAUCUCAAGAUGGCAGUGGCCAAAAUAGCUGCACACGAUCCUGAUGUACUUCUGGUAGAGAAAUCAGUUUCUCGAUAUGCACAAGAAUAUCUUCUUGGGAAAAACAUAUCACUAGUUCUCAAUGUCAAGAGGCCGCUUUUGGAGCGUAUAGCACGCUGUGCAGGUGCUCAAAUAGCGCCUUCAAUUGAUCAUCUCUCUUCACCAAAGUUGGGCUACUGUGAGAAGUUUCAUGUGGAAAAGAUUCUUGAAGACCAUGGUAGUGCUAGUCAGGACAGGAAGAAAACUGUCAAGACAUUGAUGUUUUUUGAAGGCUGUCCAAAACCAUUGGGUUGCACAAUUUUACUAAGAGGGGCCGAUAAAGAUGAAUUGAAGAAGGUAAAGCAUGUGGUUCAGUAUGGAUUUUUUGCUGCUUACCAUUUGGCUCUGGAAACCUCUUUUCUUGCUGACGAAGGAGCCUCCCUGCCAGAACUUCCAUUGAAAAGUCCAAUAACUGUGGCCCUUCCAGAUAGUCCUCCAUGCAUAGAUGGGUCCAUCUCAACAGUGCCUGGCUUCACCAUUUCUGGCCAUGGAAAGUCUCAGGAGCCGAGACCUAACACUGAACACCAGAAAGGUGGUAGAGUUGCUGAUUUAGCCUCAUUGGUCUGCAGAACAGAACCCCUUUUUUCUAGUGACCAUUAUCAAUCAGAGCAAAUUGGUUCAAGUAUUAGUCACCCAAUUGCUUCUUACUCUUCUGCCACUAUUUCAGGGAAUACAAUUUCAGAUUGUUAUGGCAAAACCCUUCUUUCUUGUAAAGAAAGAAAUGAAGUGGAUUACAAAAUAUCUCUAGUGCCUGAAACUUCUGUGAUGAGCAACUGCUUUUCAGUCAUGGAUAAUCAUACUAAUGAAAAUGGCUGUACGAUUUUGGAGAAACUAGAAAAUGAUGUAGUAUCAGGCACUCCUCAAAAUGGCCACAGAGAAGUCUGCAAUAGCCAACUAAGUGAUUCAGAGCUUCUAUCUCCAGAAGAUGUUCAGAACCAUUCCAAGGGGCAAGGAUUCAUGAAUGAAGAGCCAAUACCUCUAAAAGAAGAGUUCUCUUCUUUUUCUGACCAUCAAAGCAUUUUAGUGUCCGUGUCCUCCCGGUGUGUAUGGAAGGGAACUGAAUGUGAGAAGUCCCAUCUAUUUCGAAUUAAAUAUUAUGGCAACUUUGAUAAACCCUUGGGUCGUUUUCUGCGGGAUCAUUUAUUUGAUCAGAGCUAUAGAUGCAGUUCUUGUGAAAUGCCUUCAGAAGCACAUGUCCAAUGCUAUACUCAUCGUCAGGGGACCCUCACCAUAUCAGUUAAAAAAAUACCCGAAAUUCUGCUACCCGGUGAAAGAGAGGGAAAGAUCUGGAUGUGGCACCGAUGCUUGCGGUGUCCAAGAGUCAAUGGUUAUCCUCCUGCUACACAUAGAAUAAUAAUGUCUGAUGCUGCUUGGGGUUUAUCAUUUGGGAAAUUUCUGGAGCUCAGUUUCUCGAACCAUGCUGCAGCAAGCAGGGUGGCAAGCUGUGGCCACUCUCUACACAGAGAUAGUCUUCGUUUUUAUGGAUUUGGGAAUAUGGUUGCUUGUUUUCGGUAUGCAUCAAUUGACCUUCAUUCUAUAUACCUUCCCCCACACCAACUGGUUUUUGACAAUGGGAUUCAGGAGUGGAUUCAGAAAGAAACAGAUGAGGUGAUUAACCGGGCAGAGCUUUUAUUUUCUGAAGUGCUUAAUGCUCUUAGUCAAAUUGGAGAAAAAAGAUCUAGUUCAGUACCUGUUAGUAGUGGCCUUAAAACAUCGGAAUAUAGACGUCAAGUUGCUGAACUCGAAGGGAUGUUGCAAAAAGAGAAAGCAGAGUUUGAGGAGGAACUUCAAAAAUUUUUGAACCACGAAAAGGGAAAGGACCAACCGGGGAUUGACAUUCUUGAAAUCUAUCGUUUAAGGAGACAGUUACUUUUCCAGUCUUUUGUGUGGGACCACCGCCUUGACCAUGCAGCCAAAUUAGUUAAUACCAGCAAGCAAAAUGGUUCAAGCAGUCCGGUUUCAGAGGACAAGAAGAGGAACAUUACUGAAAACCAGAUUAAUGAUGCCCUUAUGCCAGAAAGAAGCGACAAUGGUAAUGACUCUAUAUUUUUGGGUUUAAAGCCUAAUGGUAACCCUGACCUGGGUAGAGCAGUUGAUAACAACAUUUCCCAAUCUGAUGCAUUUCAUGAAGAAUUUGAUGCUGCCAAAAGUUCUAAUUAUGAGAGAGAGGGCCAACCUUAUCGUUCAAUCAGUGAUUCUAUAAAUGCUCAAUCAGACCAUUCAGACCUUGGCUUAGGAGUUUUCAGAACCCUCUCUGAUGGGCAGCUUCUUAGCAUGCCCAACAUAUCAGAUACCCUUGACGCAAAAUGGACAGGAGAAAACCACUUACCAUCUGGAUUAACAAAUGACAUUACUUCUGUUACUCCUGAUACAACUGCAGCAGAUUCUUUGAUUACGAGUAGAAAGAGAGAAGCAUCCAGUCUAGAGGAUCAUGCAGAUGACCAGAGGGAGUCUAAAAGUAUGUAUUGUGCCUCUAAGAGCCUUGAUAAUGUGGAAGAUUCUUUAAGCUGGUUAGCAAUUCCCUUUCUAAACUUAUACCCUUCAUUUGACAAGAACUUUUUAGGCAGUGCACAGAAGUUUGAUACUCUGGAUGAGCAUCCUGUUUAUGUAUCGUCAUCCUUCUGGAAACUGGAACUCCAACGUGGGGCAAGGCUGCUUCUGCCCAUUGGUGUUAAUGACACUGUAAUUCCAGUAUAUGAUGAUGAACCCACAAGUAUAAUAUCUUAUGCCUUAAUGUCACGGGACUAUCAUGUCCUAUUGAUUGAUGAUGAAAAAAGACCAAAAGAUGGGGGUGACUCCAAGGCAUCAUCAUAUUUUUCUGAUUUAAGCAACUUCCAAGCAUUUCAUCCUGCUGAUGAUUCAACUUUUCAAUUUCUGAGAAGUUUGGCAUUAACAGAUGACAUGAAAACAUCCAUGCCUGGGUCUCGUAAUGCAUCCACAUUGGAUCCUUUGUUAUAUACGAAGUCCAUGCAUGUCAAAGUUUCCUUUGGAGAAGAUGGUCCCCUUGGUAAAGUGAAACAUACAGUGACUUGUUACUAUGCCAAGUGGUUUGAAGCCUUAAGAAGGGUUUGUUGCUCUUCAGAGCUGGACUAUGUAAGGUCUCUGAGUCGGUGCAAGAAAUGGGGAGCUCAAGGAGGAAAGAGCAAUGUAUUCUUCGCAAAAACUUUGGAUGAUCGGUUUAUCAUCAAACAAGUCACAAAAACAGAGCUUGAAUCAUUUAUUAAAAUUGCUCCUGAAUACUUCAAAUACCUUUCUGAAUCAAUACACUCAGGAAGCCCAACGUGUCUGGCAAAGAUUCUUGGGAUAUACCAGGUCAAGUCAAAGCAUCCUAAAGGAGGGAAAGAAUCGAGGAUGGACGUUCUGGUUAUGGAGAAUCUUCUGUUCAGGAGGAGUGUGACACGGCUCUAUGAUCUCAAAGGAUCUGCCAGGUCUCGCUAUAAUCCAGAUUCUAGCGGGAGUAACAAAGUUCUGCUUGACCAGAACUUGAUUGAAUCAAUGCCAACUUCUCCUAUUUUUGUGAGCAACAAGGGUAAACGGGUGUUGGAGAGAGCUGUCUGGAAUGACACUGCUUUCCUUGCUUCAGUUGAUGUAAUGGAUUACUCGUUACUCCUUGGGGUGGAUGAUGAGAAACAUGAAUUAGUUCUUGGAAUCAUAGACUACAUGAGACAGUAUACCUGGGACAAGCAUCUUGAAACAUGGGUUAAAGCUUCUGGCAUACUGGGAGGAUCGAAAAACUCAUCUCCAACUGUGAUAUCACCCAAGCAAUAUAAGAAAAGGUUCAGGAAGGCAAUGACCACUUAUUUUCUCAUGCUUCCAGACCAGUGGCCUCCUGCACCUAAUAACUCCCAGUCUGAUGCAUAUGAAGAGAAUACACAACCCAAGAGUUCACCAAAAUGAUUAUUUGAUCAGCCUUCUUCCUCUAAAUUUUUCUUCCUGUCUGGUAAAUUAGAUCCCCCAUACCAUUUUCUCUUCUCUUUUUUCCUUUUUCCCCUUAAUUUUCAUAGGAAUUUUGUUUCUUUCAUCUGUAAUAUUAUCAGUGAAAGAUUGGUGAAUUACUUGUUGGAAGAUAAACAAAGAAAAGGCUGUUAGAAAAUAAAGGAUGCUUGUCUGGGGUGAAAUAUUUGAUGACCUCUGGAUGAAACUCUGUACAAAAAUUUUAGUCAUGUAUUUAGUAUCACAAUUUGUACAUCAUUUAAAUUUGUUUGGACCAUCAGUUUACGCUCUUUUCAGA